CACCACUUCUCAGAGAAGCAUCAGAGAGAAGAAACUGAGUGGAGAUUGUAAGAAUCUUCUGAGUAAGAUGAAAGCCAUCCUCCUGCUCUCCGCCAUGCUGGCAAUAGCUGCUUGUCUCCCGAUGCCUCAUGACCAGGAACGAGAAAAACGAAGUGCCAGUGACAGUGACGAAUCAUUUCCACGGAUUUAUUUCCCUCCAUACCGGAAUCCGUUUGGCAUAUACCCACCAAUCCGAAAUCCAUUCUAUCCAUGGUAUAUUUAUUAUCCUUUUCCCCAGCCAUUCUUUUCCUCUGCAGCUGCAUCUCCUUAUACACAGAAUGAGAGAAAAGUCAGAGAGUGAUUUAAGAUGAAACAAGUGGUUACCUUGAAAUCGAAUGUGAGACACUUUGUUGAAGGAUCAAUGUUCCUGUUCAGAGAA